UCGUUCUUUAACCACAGAAAAGCAACGACCCGUAAUUCUGUAAUCCCAAUUCAAUCUAUCAAACCCUAAAGAAAAUGGGGAAGAACGAUUUCCUUACACCGAAAGCGAUAGCGAAUCGAAUCAAAGCGAAAGGUCUUCAGAAACUUCGAUGGUAUUGUCAAAUGUGUCAAAAACAAUGUCGAGACGAGAACGGAUUCAAGUGCCACUGUAUGAGCGAAAGCCACCAACGGCAAAUGGAAGUCUUCGGUCAAAACCCUAACAGAAUCGUCGACGGCUAUUCUGAAGAAUUCGAAAACGAGUUCCUCGAUUCGAUGAAACGGAGCCAUAGGUUUUCUCGUGUCGCGGCGACCGUGAUUUACAACGAGUAUAUUCAUGACAGGCACCAUAUUCAUAUGAAUUCGACACAGUGGGCGACGUUGACGGAGUUUGUUAAGCAUCUGGGGAGAACUGGAAAGUGUAAAGUCGAUGAGACGCCGAAAGGGUGGUUUAUGACUUAUAUUGAUAGGGAUUCGGAGACGAUUUUUAAGGAGAAUGCGAAGAGUAAGAGAGUCAGGGCGGAUUUAGCAGAGGAGGAGAAGCAGGAGAGGGAAAUUAAAAAGCAGAUUGAGAAGGCUGAAGAGUUUUUGACUGUUAAAAAUGACACUGUGGAUAAUGGUGAAGUGCGGCCAGCGAAGGAGUUGAAAUUGGACAGCGGGGUGAAGGUUGGGUUUGCCCUUGGUUCGAAGAGUAAUAAUGUUGGGAAAGAGACAGGUGAGAGUUUUAGUUCUAGAUUGGUUUUUGAGGAAGUUGAGGAUAAGGAGAGGAAGAUGGGGAAAAAUAAGGAAGGUGGUAUUGGAGGUAAAAGUGGGAAAUCGGCGUUGGAGGAGCUGAUGAAAGAGGAAGAGAAGGCAAAGGAGAGGACUAAUAGAAAGGAUUAUUGGUUGUUUGAAGGGAUUAUCGUUAAGGUUAUGAGUAAGGCGUUGGCAGAGAAAGGGUAUUAUAAGCAGAAAGGGGUAGUGAGGAAAGUGAUUGAUAAAUAUGUUGCUGAAAUUGAGAUUCUUGAGAAUAAGCAUAAGUUGAGGGUUGAUCAGGAAGAGCUUGAGACUGUGAUUCCGCAGAUUGGGGGUUUGGUGAAAAUAGUGAAUGGGGCAUAUAGAGGUUCAAAUGCCAGGUUGUUGGGAGUGGAUACGGAGAAGUUUUGUGCCAAGGUGCAGAUAGAGAAGGGAAUUUAUGACGGGAGAGUGCUUAAGGCUGUUGAAUACGAGGAUAUUUGCAAACUUGCCUAGUGAGUUCUGUUCAAUCUCUUUAGUUCAGUUCUGGAAUUGCUUUUGUAGUUUUGGAUUUAUUGAUCUUGUGGAAUAUGUGGUGUAACUUUCCAUGAUUAAUAAAAUGACUUUGGAAAGUUGCUCCUUGAAAAGUUCUGUUUAUCAGUAAGCUUUUCCUUAUCGUUCACAUUCUCCUCAAACCCAACUCUACUAGCUUUCUCUAUAGCUAUGUACUGCUACUGUCAUUACUAUAUCUGUCUGAGAUCUCAACGUGGAAGUUCCCUAUGAGGUUUCUGUUUUUCUGCUGUCUCUGAAUCUUGAAGAGAAUUGUUUAAGAUAUAAAGUAUAUGCUUUUUAUAUAGCUUUACAUGACUUUACUCUCUUUUCAAUUAUCUCCAAAAUGGAGGUGACUGUAGUUUCUACCUGUCGUAGAGUGGUCAUCAAAAGAGGCCUUGACCUUUGUGUUUCCAUAUACUCAUCUCUUUCUUUCUUUUAAUAUUUGUAUGUUAGGUUGCUAUGAAAAUGAAGGGCAAAUAUUGUGUUUGGUUUUUAAUUUUAUGCAGGGAAGCGUAUAGCUAUUGACUCAAAGUCUGUCAUCCUAUAUAUAAUUUAUGACUUUAUGCCGUUAUUAUGGUCAUUACACGUGAAGAGGACUCAUCUGGCUUUUAGUUUGUUUAUUUACAUUUGCAAAGUCUGCUCACAGCCUAUUUUUUAUUCAUUAGAUCUUCACAUCGUGUUGAGUUUUAAUUUCAUCAUGCAAAAGAACCCAUAAAGUUCUGUGAUUGGCUUUCAAUUUAUAAGAUCAUAAAUCAUAAGGUUUUUCUUUCCGCUCCUGUUUCCCGUCUUGAGUUAACAAUAUGUAAAUAAUGGGUGCUUGUAUGUUUCUGGAGCAUCAGAUGUGAUUUUAUUGAACGAUCUUAUUUGCUUGCCCUACAACAACAAUGACAAAUUCUACCUUCCAAGACAGCAGCUGACCUCCUUAUUUCUGCCAGGAUUAAAGACAAGCCCGUCAUCCUUUAACCACAAGAAAAUCCUUAUGGAUGGGAAUUUGGAGCACUGAACUGUAGUGCUGGGGGAACUGAGUCCACAAAUUUCCCACCAUACAGCUUUUUUUCCGGGAAUAAUAGGUCCUUUGUCUUCCCUAUUUGAAAACUUGGGUACACUUUUUUUUUGUUACAAGGGAGAUUGAUUGUCCACCCAGGUCAGACAUACUUUAUUAUACUGGUGCUUCCUCUAAUCAAAACGCAUCAUGGAGACAUUUUUGCUCCCUGAUUAAGUCAUUGAACAUCUCGAAUGUGUUUAGCAUUGUGCUGAUUAUUGAAACUUCAUACAUUGCUUACUACGUGGACCGCCUACAUUGAACCCUGUUAAUGUUUUAGUGGCCUUUAAGUGAAGAUUGGCUUUGGCGCUGGUUUGGUUUUUCAAGUCCUGAAGUUUUCCAUGUCUUUCUUGAAGAAUUUUUGCUGUCCUUAUUUCAAAUGGUGGCUUAUAAAAUCGUGGUUUCUCUUUAAAAAUGGUCACUUGUUCAGAUUACACGACUAAGGUCAUCAGUGGUUAGGUUUCACAUUUCAAAACAUUGUUGCAGGCUAUGUUUCUUCUACCCAAACCAGAUAUGCUUUAUGCUUCUGGUGCCUCCACUGCUUCAAAUGCAUCAUUUGUACUUUUUUACACCUUGAUUGGCCACAUAACCUUGCUCUCAAAUGCGUCUAGGAUUGUUCUCAUUAUUGAAACUUCUUACUUUGCUUGAUAUGUGAACUACCCUCUUUGCACCCUGUUAGCGAUGACCUUCAAAAGAAUAUCAACUUUCGCACUGUCCAGCUGAAGUUAUAUUUCCAUGUCUUUCUUGAGGAAUUUUUGCUGUCCAGAUGCACAUGGUGGCUUAUCAAAUCCCAUACAGGCCUCUCUUUAAUAUUGUGACUUGUGCAGAUUACACAACUGAGAUCAUCUCUGGAUAAGUUUCACAUUGCAAAACAGACUGUUGUAGCCAGAGUUUUUCUUGUCGUUACAAGGGAGUGCAAAUCAUCCAAACAGGCCAGACAUGCUUAAUGCUUCUAGUGCUUCUACUACUUCAAAUGCAUCAUAUAGACAUUUUGCGCUCUGAUUUAGCCAUGUAACCUUGCUCUCAAAUACUUUUAGGAUUCUGCUGAUUAUUGGAACUUCCUACAUUGCUUGGUAUGUGAACCAUCCGUUUUGCACCCUGUUAGUGACCUUCAAAUGAAGAUUAGCUUUGGCCCUGGUUUGAUUUGUCAAAACUUGAAGUGCUAUUUCCAUGAUUUUUUUAGAAGAUUUUGCUGUCCAGAUGCCAAUGUUAGCUUAUCAAUCCCAUACUGGUUUCUCUUUUAUAUCGUCACAUGUGCAGAGUGCACAACAGAGAUUCAGUGGUUAGGUUUCACAUUGCAAAACAGACUUGGCAUGCUAUGCUAUGCUAUGCUUUACUUGUGGUUGCUACUUUAAUCAUGACCAACCUGGUCAUUGCAAAGCACCUGCCAAUUGAAGAAGAUAGCUUUCUAUAAUUCUGUUGAACCAGUUGUUAGCUUUAUAUUGUUGUAUUUCCUUCAUUAAUAGUUGGAUAAUGUGGAUCUUGCUUUGCUUAUGGUCCAACCUGGGUUGAUGCGGAAAUAAGAUUGUAUGAGUGUAUAUUAUAAUUGCUAAGGGCGACAUAAGAUAACUACACUAGCUUUUGAAUUUGCAGUCUCAUCUUAUAUGCAUCAGCAGUUAAAAGUUAAGAUCAUAGGCGGGUCUUCAUGUGUGAUUUGGAUCUGCAACACAUCAGAUUUGCAUUAGAUUAAACUGUUAAAAGAUUCAGAUUUGAUGGCAGUAAGCAAUAUUUGGGCUUGAAGAAAACAAAUGUAUCACUGUUCCUAAUUUUUCCAUGCUAUUCUGUUCCUUACAAUUCACCUUGUCCUCUGCUGUUAUUUGAUAGGAAGGAGAGAAGACCUGAAUAUCCAUUCUGAUGGGCCAUAUUGUCCCUUUUCUCAUAGAAUAACUGGCAGUUCUGCCUUUUGUUGGCUGUAGUGGUAUACAAUCUGGAUUCCUUGUCACCGAAUCCCAGACUAUGGUACUUUGUCACAGUUUGGGUACAAAGUGCGGGUGAUAUUUUCACCCGGUUACUGGAAAUCUCAGUGUCCCCUUCAGAAAGCAUAAAUUAUUCGAAACUCAAGGAACAAGGACAGUUCCCUGUCGAAUCCCUUUUCUAUUUGACUCUCUUUUCAGUCUUCAAUUAUUUGGAAGAGUUUUUUUUUUUUUUGAUGAUUCUGGUUUGACUAAUUUGUCUAGUUGUGGCUUCUUAACGAUGCUUAAUAUUUCUUGCAUUCUUUUCUUUCUUUCCUUUUCCUUUGGUCAAGGAGUAUAUCAUUCCAUGCAACAUGCACAAAGCUGUAGUGAAGGUCUUCAACUUGCAAGCUUGAUUGACUUUUUUUAUUUUUUCAUACUUCAUCAUCAUUACUUGUGCCUCGUUAUGAAACUGAAUUAUCGACUUCAGUGUAAACAUUCAAGUACAGUUUAUUGUCUGCAAGUUUUGAUUAGAAAACAUAAAUAUUGACAUGACUUAUCCAGAGUCAAAAAGGUUGAUGAUUAACCUCUUUGCAAAUGAAAAGCGGAGGUAGGCCUGGUGAGGUUGUUUGGAGGAUGUGACAAUUAAGAGGAUGAGAUUUCUUUUGCCAAGAUGGAGCGAGUUUAGGUAGGUAACAGAUAGGGUUCUCCGUACUCCCAGCACCCUGUUGAUGGUUCCAAGCAUCAAGCACAGAAAUGUGCUUUGGUUAUCAAAUUCAUCUGUUUUCUGCGAUCUCAUUCAUUUCCUAUAAAGUUUAGAGGCCUAGUGGAUGUGAACAUUGUUUUUUUUUCCUGAGUGUUGAACAUAAAUGUCUUGAUCUAUAACAGUGUUAAGUUGCACUCCCGAUGCUGCCAAUAUCUGAUUGGAUGGUGAGAAAUUAGCUAUUCACACAGAAUCUCAUUGUCAUGAUUUUUAAUUCUUAGAUUGAGAGCACUUGUCCAUGACUGAGGAAAAAAGUAUAAAAAUUUCAUCCCAUAAGUUUGAAUUA